AUGACCGCCUGGGCCGGCAUAAUCAGCGCCCAACUCUGCGGCUACCUCUCUAACAACCGCAUCCCCCUCGCCGUUGCGUGCCGCAGCCGCGGAAUCUGGCGCCCUGAGUACCGCCUGGCUAACACGUUGAUUCCCGUUUCCUGCUCCCCAUCCUCUCCAAGCACCUCAUCGACCGCAAAAUCCUCGAGGUUUAUCGCGCAGAAGUCACGACUGUUUUCAGAAAUGUUCUUCGCCAUCACCUCCCCCAGGUACGAAUCCUCUCAGAAACCAUCACUAUCGCUCUUCUACUGUCAGGCUCUAACUAUCAGCACAGGAGCCCGAGGUCUCUUUCGAGUCCUCUUUCCUAGCCACGAGUGCUAG